CCGGGCCUGCGGAAGGAUGAAUGUAAAUGUCAAAGAUGGCGGCGGAGGGAGGAGGGAAGGAGAUGAACGAGAUCAAGAGUCAGUUCAGCACGCGGGAAGGCGCGUAUAAACUCCUCACGCACUCCGAGUACAGCCGGCCGAACCGCGUGCCCUUCAACUCGCAGGGCUCGAACCCCGUCCGAGUCUCGUUCGUCAACGUCAAUGACCAGUCCGGUAACGGCGACCGAAUCUGCUUCAAUGUGGGCCGGGAGCUUUACUUCUACAUCUAUAAAGGCGUCAGGAAGGCUGCUGACCUGAGCAAGCCGAUCGACAAGAGGAUUUACAAGGGAACGCAGCCCACGUGCCACGACUUCAACCACCUGACGGCGACGGCGGAGAGCGUGUCCCUGCUGGUGGGUUUCUCAGCCGGGCAGGUCCAGCUCAUCGACCCCAUCAAGAAGGAGACCAGCAAACUCUUCAAUGAAGAAAGACUUAUUGACAAAUCUCGAGUAACAUGUGUAAAGUGGGUCCCGGGCUCCGAGAGUCUCUUCCUAGUAGCUCAUUCCAGUGGAAACAUGUACCUGUAUAAUGUGGAGCACACGUGCGGCACCACGGCGCCUCAUUACCAGCUGCUGAAGCAGGGUGAGAGCUACGCCGUGCACACGUGCAAGAGCAAGUCCACGCGCAACCCUCUCCUCAAGUGGACGGUCGGAGAAGGGGCGCUGAACGAGUUCGCCUUCUCACCCGAUGGGAAGUUCCUCGCCUGCGUGAGCCAGGACGGUUUCCUGCGGGUCUUUAACUUCGACGCGGUCGAGCUGCACGGGACCAUGAAAAGCUACUUCGGGGGGCUUCUGUGUGUGUGCUGGAGCCCGGACGGGAAGUACAUCGUGGCCGGCGGCGAGGAUGACCUGGUGACCGUGUGGUCGUUCGUGGACUGUCGGGUGAUCGCUCGAGGGCACGGACACAAGUCCUGGGUGAGCGUGGUGGCGUUUGACCACUACACCACCAGCGUGGAGGAGAGCGACCCCAUGGAGUUCAGCGGCAGCGACGAGGACUUCCAGGAUCAAAUCCACUUUGGCCGCGACCGGGCCAACAGCACGCAGUCACGUCUCUCCAAACGCAACUCCACGGACAGCCGGCCGGUGAGCGUGACGUACCGCUUCGGCUCCGUAGGGCAGGACACGCAGCUCUGCCUCUGGGACCUGACGGAGGAUAUCCUGUUCCCGCACCUUCCGCUUUCCCGAACGAGAACGCACACUAACGUCAUGAACGCGAGCUGCCCGCCCGCCGGAGGAAGCGGCAGCGGCACAGUCAUCACCACCACCGCAACCAACCCCAGCGCCAACGGCAGCAACAACAGCGCCGCCAACACGCCGGGCAACUCGCUCCCCGCGCCGCUGCCGCGCUCCAACAGCCUCCCGCACUCGGCCGCCGGCACCGGCAACAGCAAGAGCAGCGCGACGGAUAACCCCAUCGCUACGGGCGUCAGCAAGUUCGCCACGCUCUCACUGCACGACCGCAAAGACCGGCAUCCCGACAAAGACCACAAGCGUAACCACAGCAUGGGCCACAUCAGCAGCAAGAGCAGCGAUAAACUCAACCUGCUCACCAAAACCAAAACGGACCCUGCCAAGACACUGGGCACGCAGCUGUGCCCGCGCAUGGAGGACGUGCCCUUGCUCGAGCCGCUCAUCUGUAAAAAGAUAGCGCACGAGAGACUCACAGUGCUCAUCUUUCUAGAAGACUGUAUUGUCACCGCUUGUCAGGAGGGGUUUAUUUGCACAUGGGCGAGACCCGGCAAAGUGGGUUUAUUGUCAUCCCAAAACCAAGCCAACUCUCCCAGUGGAACAGUAGUAUAGCCACAAUAAUUCUGCUGCUAAGAGAUCCGCAUCGCGCCGCUGUGACACGGAGGGCCGCGCCGCCGUUUUCUCUCCUUUUCCCUUCGGUUCUUUCUGUCCUUCAUCCCGGAGGCCCGUGUACGCAGUGAACAUGCUGAAUUUGUGCAUCAACGGAACGGCUGAACCGCGGCCAUGGGCUUUCCUUUUGAUUUCCCAGAGUAUUUAUUUGAUUUAUUUUGUUUUCGUUAUGGUUUUCACUCUCAAAUGCAUCUCACUGUAUUAUUAUUUUUCUCUUGUGUAUUUCAAGCUUGCCUGAGGUGUGGGAAAUCAGUGAAUCCCGGGUGGAAAAGCAGUCGUCUUUGAACUCCAGACGUACUUCCACCCCCAGAUCCCUUUUAAUAGUUUUAUUUUCACCCUCUUUCAUACGGAAUAGAUCUGACCCCCGUUGUUAAACUUUGCACUGAUUUUAUUUUGGGUUUUUGUUUUUUUGUAACUACUAUAAAGGAUCAAAAAAGACAAAAAAGAAAGACGUAGAUGUUUGGGGAAGGCCUUGAUGCACUUGGCUUUAAUAUCCUCUGUCUUGAAAUCUGAAUCUGAAAAGCUGGAUGCUGCAAUCAUAGUUUUUUAAAAAGAAAAUUUGUUUGCACUUAAUAGUUUAUUAGAAGAGAAUGGCUUUACAUUUUUGUGUGCAAGGACUCACAGACCGGUAUAAUGUGGAGAAUUAUGAUUAAAACUUUGUAUCUAUUGAGCAUUUAUUUUAAUAUUGUUUCAGAUAAAAAUCUGCUUUGUAUUAUAUGUAUAAUAUUGUAAUUCAGUGAUUUAUUGGAGCAAAAGCAAAUGAUCAGUAACUCUAGUGGAAGUUUGUCAUCAUCACAGGAAAUAGUGACAUUUCUAAAGCAGAAAAAUAGACAUAAUAAUAUUAAAAAUAAUCUUAAAUAUGCAGGUUUCUGUUUUUUUUUUUCUUCUUCUUUUUUUCCAUUUUUCCUUGUCUCUUGUACAAAAGUCACCCAAAUGUAUUUUGAUAUAGGAGAUUUAUGUAUGCGAAACGCUAGAUCGUGUCGUCUGGCAGCAGAGCGUCGGACGCUGCUAAUAAAACGUAUGAAGCUCAGGAAGUCUAGCAGACGAAGAAAACAAAUCUUAUGACAGAGUUUCAAGAGUUCAUAUUUUGCUUACCAACAGCAAAGUUAUUCUGUGUACUACUAAGAAAAACCCACUAGGAACGACUAGGUUUAAAGUCGCCCAGUAGAAUCUUACAGUGUGACACUAUUAAAUGUCAUAACAUACCCUUUUUUGUGACUACCAGUCAUUGUUAAUGAAAUAUACACUAACCGGGAAAGACGUGGUCAUAUUUUUGAUUCAUGUGGUUAACAUUUUGCAUUUCACAUUUUGUUCUUCAUUAAAAAAGUCCAUGGA